AUGGUCUCAUACAAAUCACUUUCAAACUCAUAUGAUGCUUUGGCAGCCAAAGCAAAAUUGGAGAAGCUGAACGUUUCAGAAUAUACAUCCAAACUACCGUCUGCCAAGGAGUUACCGGACAUCUUCCGGUCCUAUCUCACCAAGGGCCGGCUUUUGUAUCUUACUAUAGCUGGUAUAGUUAGUUGGUUGUUGUUAUCAUCGAUUUCAACUGGAAGAUCACAUGCUGAUAAAUUCCACUGUUUUGGACCAGCAAUGACACCUUUCGAGAUGAAUGUCAAUUCAUAUUCAGACUGGCACCGAAACUCGCCUACCCCAGUCGAGUUCAAUACGCAUAAACCACUUUCAAUAAAAGAGAAGAACAACAGCUCUUCCAUCACUCUACACAACCUUAAUACCAUUGUGUCCACUAAGGAUGCUAUCAAUAACAGAGAACGAGUGUUGAUUCUUACUCCAUUAAGAGAUGCCAGUCGGUAUCUUAGCAAAUACUUUGAGCUAUUAAUGGCCUUGUCAUAUCCUCAUGAUCUAAUUGAUUUAGGAUUUCUUAUUUCUGACACCUCGGAUGAGACUUUGGCUAUUCUUUCCAGUGAGAUUGCAAAUAUCCAGUCCGGAUCUAAUCCAUUUAACCAUGUAGACAUCUUCCAGAAGGAUUUUGGCUAUAAUGCAUUGGACAAUGUUGAUGUACAGGAGCGUCACAAAUUUGAGCACCAAGCUCCUCGUCGUAAAAACAUGGCCAGAGCACGUAACUACUUGCUCUCCUCGGCCUUGAAGCCUACACAUUCGUGGGUUAUGUGGCGUGAUGUUGAUAUUGUUGAAUGUGCUGACACCAUUAUCGAAGAUCUUGUUAAGCAUGAUACUGAUAUCAUUGUGCCAAAUAUCUGGUUCCACAGAUAUGUAGAUGGUAGGGAUAUUGAGGGUCGUUUUGAUUACAAUUCGUGGGUUGAAUCUCAGAAGGGUCUUAAAUUAGCUGCUUCCCUUUCGAAAGAUGACGUUAUUGUUGAGGGGUACAAAACUCAUUAUGACACUGGCCGUAAUUAUUUGGCAAGAAUGGGUGAUUGGCGAUAUAACAAUGACGAAGAAAUUGAGCUUGAUGGUGUUGGUGGUGUCAAUAUUGUGGUCAAGGCCGAUGUCCAUCGUUCAGGUGUUAUUUUCCCUUCGAUGCCAUUUGAGAACCAAGUCGAGACAGAGGGAUUCGCCAAAAUGGCCAAACGUGCUGGAUACCGUGUCAUUGGACUACCCAACUACGUUGUUUGGCACAUUGACACCGACGAGAAGUCCAAUCACUAA